CCUCAGUCCGUUUCCCCUAUUACACUGUGGCCUGAAAUGAGCGGUCUUCUGCCUAAUCCAGUCCCUAACGCACAGGCCAUCUUCACAGACAGCCCGGUGAGCCCGCCGACUCCAUUCACUGACGCCGACACUGAUGGAGACGCACCUCCACCCGGGACAGAAAACUCCGCGGAUCGGAAACACGCAACUUCAAGGGAGACGGGACACAGACAACCAACACAGCAGACGUGUUUAGUGUGCCAGAAAAAAAUGUCAAUUCGCGUUCCGGGGUUGUAUUUACACACAGGCAAGGGUGAGAACUAAACUGAAAACAACGCGAACAUCGGAGGAGAAACUGGUGGCGGCCAGGACUCUGCAAGCGCCGCUGCUCCCCUCUGCCCCCCGCCACCAGCUGCGCCACGGGACGGGCUUCGGGAACAGCUGCGCUCUCGGCAAUGUGCAGGUGACUACAUGGUACAUUGCAGAAUGUGAGAAUAUGGUGGUUCAGGAAAAGGAGCCUCGAGUUGCAUUUCAUAAAACAUGAGGCAAGAAGAGUUGAUUUAGUGAUCUAAAUGGACGCGAUACUGAAUUACAGGUUGGAAGACAGUGAAGACUACUACACGUUACUGGGAUGUGAUGAACUGUCUUCGGUGGAACAGAUCCUAGCAGAAUUUAAGGUCAGAGCCCUGGAAUGUCAUCCCGACAAGCAUCCUGAAAAUUCCCAAGCAGUGGAGACUUUUCAGAAAUUGCAGAAGGCAAAGGAGAUUCUGACUAAUGAAGAGAGUCGAGCCCGCUAUGACCACUGGCGAAGGAGCCAGAUCGCGAUGUCAUUCCAGCAGUGGGAAGCUUUGAGUGACUCGGUGAAAACGUCAAUGCACUGGGCUGUCAGAGGUAAAAAAGAUCGAAUGCUGGAAGAACCUGACCAGACUCCUACCAACAAGAUUGAAAAUGAGGAACAGAACGAACAAAGAGAAAUAAAGAAAGGAGAGUUGGGUUCAACCACUGAGAAGAUGGAGCAAAAAGAAUCUGAGUCCUUGGAGAAGUCAUCCUCCCCACAGAGUCCAGAUUCUUCAAGUUUUUCAGAUGUGAACAGUUGGCACCUUCAUUUCCGCUGGUCGGGGGAUGCUCCUUCAGAACUCCUGAGGAAAUUCAGAAACUAUGAAAUAUGAAAUGUCCCUGCUCAGUAGGAGGGAGAGCGAGUGAGCAAGACCACCCCCUGUGCUGCCAACAUGCAGUCUUUGUCCAAAUCUUUAAAAUGUCAUGUUUAUAUGUCAUGUUUGUGAAUCGCUGAGUACCGAUUGAUUCCUCCACCCUUGAACCCAUUCUCACAAUAUGUCUUUUAAAUUAGAGAAAUUUCAGAAGACAAGUUUCUUUUAAUAUUAGAACAAAUUAAGCCUCGUAGAUCCAGAGUGGAUUGUAUUAUGUGUGUUUUCUGAUAAAUGUUAUUUAGAGAAAUCCAUUUUUAAAUCAAUCUCUGUAUUUAAAUAUUUCAUUGAUAUAUGAUGAUCUCUAUUAGUACAGAAUGUAAAAGAAAUGUUUUCUGACUCUGGACUUAAAUUGAAAUGUGAAAUUACUUGUCUAAACCCCAUAGAAUGAAAUAAAUAAUUUUCCCAAAGUUCA